CUUGCCCUCAAGUGAGGUUGUUGAAGAGGUAAGAUUCUACGAGCUUCGUAGCUCCUCCAUCAACUCCAGAAUUUGCAACAUCUGCCCAAUGAGAAUCGCCACGGCAAAAACCACACACAAACGUCAAACUCACCUCUGAAUUUUUCGCUCAAUCACAAGCUCACAAACAACAAGCGACAAAUCUCAUGUGAGACUCACCCAACUUCACGUCACAACUUACAACUCACUCACCCAAGACCGGUAUUCUACACAUUUCCUCAGACCGUUUGCGACUUGAGCAUACAGACAAAACCAGAAAACAAAUCUACACCCGAUACAGCAAACCCCCCAGAAAAGAAAAGCGGGGACGCAUCCGCCAUCCGCAAAAACCAUGGUCCAAAUGGAAGAAAUCACAGACCAAAUGGCCGACGCCAUGAUCGCCGAAGGCGCGGCCCUACCGCCCGGUCACGCCCUCCUCAGCGGCAAAACGGCCGACGAGGUCCUCGCCGACCUGAACAAGUCCCCGCUCUUCAUGACCUCGCUCGAGGAAAACGACGACGUGGCCGCGCUGCAGGCGCUCGCGUACGAGGGGACGGCGAGGGAGAAUGGAGAGGAAUUCAAGGAGCGCGGGAACGAGUGUUUCAAGGCCAAGAUGUAUGCUGAUGCCAAGGAGUUUUAUGGGAAAGGGAUUGAGAUUUUGGCGGUGGAGGAGAAGAGGCGCGCCAAGGGGGAGAAGACUUUUCAUACGGAGAAGGCCAAGGCCAAGGCCGAGGAGGAGGAGGGUGCAGGGGAGGAAGAGGAGAGGGAUAUCGAAGUCGAAGACGACGACGACGAAAUAUCCAAACAAAAGGCCGUGCUGGAAUCGUUAUACGUCAACCGCGCGGCGUGCCACCUCGAGCUGGGCAACUUCCGCUCCUGCUGGACGGACUGCGGUCUCGCUCUACGGCUGAACCCGAAGAACCUCAAAGCCUACUACCGCUCCGCGCGCGCCCUGCUCAAGGUCGACCGCAUCGCCGAGGCCGACGACGCGUGCGCGAGGGGUCUGGCGCUGGAUGCGGGGAAUAAGCCCUUGCAGGCCGUCGCGCGAGACAUUAUCAAGGCGGCCGAGCGCGCCGACGCCAAGACAAAGCGGGAGCAGGAGCGCAAGGCGGCUGAGAGGCGAAGGGAGAUGUUGUUGAAGGCUGCGCUCGCGGCGCGGGGGAUCAGGCACAGGGUUACGGAGCAGCCUCCUGAGAUGGAGGAUGCGAGGAUGAGGCUUGUGCCGGAUGAGGAUGAUCCAAAGAGUAGUUUGAGUUUUCCAGCGGUGCUGUUGUAUCCGCUGCAGAUGGAGAGCGAUUUCGUCAAGGCGUGGAAUGAGACGGAGUGUGUGGGGGAUCAUUUGGGGUAUAUCCUGCCGCUGCCGUGGGAUGAGAAGGGGGAGUAUGGGAGUGCUGGUGAGGUGGAGUGUUACAUGGAGACGGCGAGCGGUGGGUUGGUCAAGGUGGGCAAGAAGGCUACGCUGUUGAAGAUUUUGAGUGGAGGGAGUGUGGAGGUUGUGGAUGGGAUUGUGAGGGUGUAUGUUGUUCCUGUGGCGAGGGCCAAGGGGUGGAUUGAGGAGUUUAAGGUGAAGAAGGCUGCCGAGAAGAGGUAG